AUGACAUCACACUCGUUUCCCUCGGCCUUUUUGGACCGUUGGGUUCAUACUCUCAAGUCGAGUCGCGGAGAACAGCUGAACGACUUCCCCAAUUAUCACCUCUCAGACCCUGAGAGCCUUGUGACGACAUGCAGUCCCAAGUCACUCACAAUCGGCAACGGCGCGACCAUCUACAGAAACACCCUCCUCCCCGCCAUCUUGACUGCGAAGCAUGAGGUCAUCUUGGUUACCUGCUUCUGGGCUCCGUCCGAUACUCUGACGGCCAUCAGGGAGACCCUCGAGCUUCUCGCCGACCGGCAACGUGAGGCAAUACAGGCGUCUGGUGAAGAUGCAGUCGCCACGUUACGUGUCCGUAUCUGUUUUUCGUCGCGAAGUUUCUUCCAGAAAAUCUUCCAUCCGUGGUCGAGAGACGGAUACACGUAUCCGACUUCGGCAUGGCCAAAGCUCGGGUUGCCCCCAGACACCGCCCUCAAGGCAGCCCGCAUCGAACUCUCUGUCAAGAGCCUGUUCUUCCUGCCAUUCAGCGUCAUGCAUCCCAAGUUUGUCAUUGUCGACCGCAGGUACGCCUGGAUGCCCAGCUGCAACGUGAGCUGGGAGACGUGGUUCGAAGGCUGCAUCGGGUUCGAAGGGGCAGCCGUCGCGCAGCUCGUGAGAUUCUAUACCCAUGUGUGGGAACCGGACAGCCCUCGGGAUAUUCCCAAUGCCGACACGAGCAGUGAGGUAGCAAACUGUGAACCACGCCCUGCUAUUGGAAACACCGACCGCCCUGUCGGAGGUCUACUUCCGGAGGCCGAGGCAGCAUAUCGCCGGCUCGGUCUUUCAAAUCUCCCACCGUGUCCAGCCGUCAUCCUGCCUUCAUCUCAUCACUGGAAUCCCGGCUUCCGUUAUAUUCCCUGGAUCCGGAAGAAAGAGGCGCCGGUAACUCCUUUAAACGCGGCCCUGCUGUCCUUGUUCGCUUGUGCCCGGACUGACAUCGACAUCGUGACUCCGAACCUGACUUGUCGGACCGUUAGUGACGCCCUCUUGGACGCUCUGCGCCGCGGCGUCGACGUCCGCAUCAGAACGAGUAAGAACAUGAUGUUAAUCGAGCAGCUCGUCACGGCCUGCACCACGACGGAAUGGACACUGCGAUCGCUCAUUAAGCGAUACAGUCAAGCCUGCGCCGAGUGGGACAGGAAACGAUCAGCCGAUACCGAGUCUCAGGUGCAACGUCCCGGCCGCCUCGACAUCUACUACUACCGCCCGAACCUGCAGGCUACGGCGGUGCGAGACCUUGAGGAACCGGUUGUAUCGCACUUGAAGAUGACACUCGUCGACAGGGAGUACCUCUGCCUGGGCUCCGGCAACCUGGAUCGGGCCAGCUGGUACACGAGUCAAGAACUAGGCAUCCUGCUACACAUCCCCGACUUCAAGCACGAUAUUUGGUCAGAACCUCUUGAGUCCAGGCUAGAGGUGCGCUUCAGUGGGGGGGUUAGUGACAGACAGGCUGACUAG